AUGGCGACCACACUGCACCUUCGCUCUAAAAUAAGCCACUUGAGCACCGAUCUGCUUGUAUUAACCUCCAGCACUACCAAAGCUCUGCUGGACGCCGGCUAUGAAGUCAACGUCGAGCGCAGCCCGGAACGGAUAUUCGACGACUCCGAGUUCGAAGCGGUCGGCGCAACUCUGGUCCCCGAAGGCCAAUGA